AUGGAUAAAGAAAAACUUAUUAAUUGCGUAUUUGUUCGUGAACCGAUUUGGAACAAACGUCAUAAAUCUCAUCACAAUAGUUUAAUUUUAUCGAAAUUAUGGAAGGAAAUUGCAGAUGAAUGUGGACAAACAGUCAGUAUUGUGAAAUCGCAUUGGAAAAGGUUAAGGGAGACGUUUAUGAAGAAAUUUUCCGAAAUACCAUAUAAACGCUCUGGAGAUGGCGCUGAGGAAAAUGAUUCCGAAAAACUGGACUGGAUAUAUUUCGAUUCGCUUUUAUUUCUUAAGGACCAAAUGAUACCAAGAAAAAGUUCGGAAAAUUUUCAUGAAGGAGAGGAAGAAUCUGAACUCACUGAGAUGCAGGAAGAAUUGAUAGAAAGGCAUAGUGUCAGUGAUGAUGAGUCUCGAAGUAAUACGAUAACUACUCUUUCUCCUCGAAGUACUCCACUUCCCUCGCCAUCUGCUCCAGUACCAAAAAAACUAAAAACGAAAUGUAGAAACGUUGACUCCAUUGGAGAGGGCAUGUUAAAAGCUGAGGAAGAAAAAGUAGCUUAUUUGAAGCUAAAAAAAGAAAUGAGGCAAGCAAAGGAGUUAAAAGAAAUAGAUGAAGACGAAGCAUUUUUUAAAUGUAUUUUGCCUCAUGUUAGAUAA